GAGGAUCUUGUGUAUUUUGGUGCUUCAUUGGAAGUACAUUUCGACACAAUUGAUUUCAGUAAUGAAGAAAUUGAUUUCUUUUUUGUGAAUAUUAGUAAAUAUUAUUCAAUUCAAAAACAAUGUAAAAGAUGCAAUGUUCUCAACUGUAGCCUUCUGUUGGUGAUGUUGAGACUUUUCUGUUUGGAAGACAGGUUCCAAAUUCUGCAAAUAUUGUUCAAAAUUUUGAUAUUGUGGGUCCAAAUACUGAAAUCGAAAAUAUAAAUUAUCAAGAAGAACCAAAACUCCAUCAAACUCCAAGGGAUAUUUCCAA